AUUCGUGCAAUGUUGACAUCAAGAUUUGGGAAGGAGUUUGCUGCUCGUGCUAUUGAGUUAAGAAAUAACUGUGGUGUUGAUCCUCAGUUGAUACAAAAGCUUUCCACAAGGAUGCCAAGCUUGGAAAGCAGAACGAAGGUACUCAAAGAUAUUGCUUCUGAGAACAACAUUAUUCUACUGAUUGAAGAAGUUUCUUCUGUUACAAUUGAGAGAGAGCCUGAUGUGAUCAAAUGCAGGAACAAGUCAAUGUUGUAAAACAAAAUCAGCAGGAGACUAGGCUAAAAGAAGAAGAGAACCUCCACAAUUUGCCUAGUAAAGAAAAAGAUGGGGAGUCAAUUGAUUCCUUUAAAGCUAUGAAGAAGUAUAAGGAUGUAGCUGAUGCUGCAAAAGCUGCUUUCGAAUCAGCAGCACAAGCAGCCGCUGCUGCAAGAGCUGCUCUGGAACUCUCACAAUCCAGUCCUCACGGUCCUGAUGAUGAUCAUAAUAGUCCAAGCCCCGGACCAAGAAAAUUCUUGGAUGAACAAGAUUCUGAUUUUGUGGAAGUUGUCCCUCGGCUGGAAGAUUCAGCUGAUGAGAUUUCAAAUGGGGAGUCCGUGUUAUUGGUUGCAGAAACCGAGGCUGAUUCACUUGUGAAGGAACUAGAAUUUGAUGAGAGUGAUGAUGAGGCUGAUAAUAAAGACAAGAGUAAUCAAACUUCUAAGCAGACACCAAGAGUAUCAAAUGAUGUUCCAGAAUCCAAGAUGCAUAGCAAACCUCAUUUGGAUUUGGAGAAGAGGCCGUUUUCAGUGAGAACUAGACAUGGUUACUGAGAAAGAAUGAGUGUAGGUGUAUGCAUAAUGAGACUUUUCUUAUGAGAUUUGAGUUAUGCAGAUAGUUUGGGAUAAGUGUGUUGAUUGGUUGAAUGAACCAGUUACUUUUAUUUCACAAGUUGAGCAAGGAAAAAUUGUCUGUUUGGAUUUUGUGUAUUUAAACUAUUGAUUUGAUAUAGUAGGAGGCAUUCUCAAGGCACGGACAUAGGAAACAGAGAAGUUCCAGUUGAUUCAUUAAAAAAAAAAAAGGUGUGUUGUAUUUGGCCACUAAUAUAUUUAAUUAUUUAUGAUUGCAAAAUUCUAUGAAUAGCAGAAGUAUCCAAUCACACUUCAUCGUAGACAACUACAUUAGAU